CCGCCCUCCCACUCCCUCACCGCAGCCACUUCCGGCAGGCGCUGCGCUGCUGGGGGGCGCGGGCGAGGAUGGCGGCGGAGAACGAGGCCAGUCAGGAGAGCGCCCUGGGCGCCUACUCGCCAGUGGACUACAUGAGCAUCACCAGCUUCCCGCGGCUGCCCGAGGACGAGCCGGCGCCCGCGGCCCCGCUGAGGGGCCGCAAGGACGAGGACGCCUUUCUGGGAGACCCCGACACCGCCGGGCACUUUUGCCCUCGCCUGUCCUGGGGUGCAUGCGAAGAUGAGGAAAGACCCGGACUCCUUCCUGAAGUCAGCACGGCUGCAGCGGCUGCCAUCGUCGUCCUCGGAGAUGGGCAGCCAAGACGGGUCGCCGCUACGGGAGACGCGCAAAGACCCGUUCUCUGCGGCAGCAGCCGAGUGCUCCUGCCGCCAGGACGGGCUCACGGUCAUCGUCACGGCCUGUCUCACCUUCGCCACAGGUGUCACCGUGGCGCUGGUCAUGCAGAUCUACUUUGGGGACCCCCAGAUCUUCCAGCAGGGUGCCGUGGUGACCGAUGCUGCCCGAUGCACUUCACUGGGCAUCGAGGUGCUCAGUAAACAGGGAUCUUCUGUGGAUGCAGCGGUGGCAGCAGCCUUGUGUUUGGGGAUCGUGGCUCCCCACAGUUCUGGCCUGGGCGGUGGGGGCGUGAUGCUGGUACAUGACAUCCGACGAAAUGAGAGCCACGUAAUUGAUUUCCGGGAGUCCGCACCAGGGGCCCUCAGGGAAGAGACCCUGCAAAGAUCCUGGGAGACCAAGCCUGGGCUCUUGGUGGGGGUUCCUGGAAUGGUGAAGGGGCUACAUGAAGCUCACCAGCUGUAUGGCAGGCUGCCAUGGUCCCAAGUCCUGGCCUUCGCAGCAGCUGUGGCCCAAGAUGGAUUCAACGUGACUCAUGACCUAGCCCGUGCCCUGGCUGAACAGCUGCCACCCAACAUGUCCGAGCGCUUCCGGGAGACAUUCCUGCCGUCGGGCCGCCCGCCACUACCUGGCUCACUGCUGCAACGGCCCGACCUGGCUGAGGUGCUGGAUGUACUUGGCACCUCCGGCCCGGCCGCUUUCUAUGCGGGCAGCAACCUCACACUGGAGAUGGUGGCGGAGGCUCAGCAUGCAGGGGGUGUCAUAACCGAAGAGGACUUCAGCAAUUACAGCGCCCUUGUGGAGAAGCCUGUGUGUGGCGUGUACAGAGGCCACCUGGUUCUUAGUCCCCCACCCCCGCACACGGGCCCUGCCCUCAUCAGUGCUCUCAACAUCCUGGAGGGCUUCAAUCUCACCAGCCUGGUAUCCCGAGAACAGGCUCUUCACUGGGUGGCAGAGACCCUGAAGAUUGCGUUAGCCCUGGCCAGCAGACUGGGAGAUCCCAUCUAUGAUUCUACCAUCACUGAGAGCAUGGAUGACAUGCUCAGCAAAGUGGAGGCCGCCUACCUCCGGGGCCAUAUCAAUGACUCCCAGGCAGCCCCUGCCCCACUCCUGCCUGUCUAUGAACUAGACGGAGCGCCCACAGCUGCCCAGGUGCUGAUCAUGGGACCUGAUGACUUCAUUGUGGCCAUGGUUAGCUCCCUGAACCAGCCCUUUGGCAGCGGUCUUAUCACCCCCUCGGGGAUCCUGCUCAACAGCCAGAUGCUAGACUUCUCCUGGCCCAACCGGACGGCUAACCACUCUGCACCCAGCCUGGAGAACUCGGUGCAGCCAGGGAAGCGGCCACUCUCUUUCCUGCUGCCCACAGUGGUCCGACCCGCGGUGGGGCUCUGUGGAACCUACCUCGCUCUGGGGGCCAAUGGAGCUGCCCGGGGCCUCAGCGGCCUGACCCAGGUUCUGCUGAAUGUCCUGACCUUGAACCGGAACCUGAGUGACAGCCUGGCCCGCGGCCGCCUGCACCCGGACCUGCAGUCCAACCUCCUGCAGGUGGACAGUGAGUUCACAGAGGAAGAGAUUGAGUUCCUGGAAGCCAGGGGUCACCACGUGGAGAAAGUAGAUGUCUUAUCCUGGGUCCAUGGCAGCCGAAGGACCAACAACUUCAUCAUCGCUGUUAAGGACCCUCGGAGCCCAGAUGCAGCUGGAGCCACCAUCCUGUAGAGCAGCGGGGUGGGGCGGGGUCUCUGCUCCCCCACUUUGCAUGUUCCCAGAGUCCCUCCUUCUCCCAGGUUUGGUCUCAGGGGGACCCCAUGGAUGCCCCAGAUCAGGGGCCAGAGGGGAUGCUUAGCAAACCCAAUCCCAGAGUAACUGGAAAAUUCUCCAUCAGGAGGCCGCUGGUGGUGGUGGUGGUGGUGGUGGUAGUGAUGGUGAUGAUGAUGGUGAUGAUGAUGGUGAUGAGUGUCAGCAUCCACAGCCAGGCAGGCAGGACCUUGAGGAAUCAGACUGUCUAUGUGUCACCUCCCCUCCUUCAGCCAUGCUGGCCCUGAGCUUAGGGAUGUGCUUGCAAACCCUUCUCAAGGGUCUCACAACCCCAACAUCUUCAGACUGGCCUGACCUGGGCCUUGUCUUCUAAUUCCUUUCUCCUGUUCCCAGCCUCAUUUCUUAAAUGACUAGGAAUUUUUUAAUGGGCCAUUAUAGGGAGGGGUUGCUCCUCUUUUCCCACCAGGUUAAGGUGGGGGCCUUGCAUCUGGGGGUCCCCAGGGUAUGGGGUGGGGGUGGGGACAAGCUCAGGGGCUUCCAUUUGCAAAGGGGAAUUAAAGAAAGAAUGUUGCUUAA